UUUCAGCUCAGCUCAGCUCAUUUUAGUUCAAUUCAGUUCCGUCUAUGAGAAUAGGAGUCUUGAGAUCACUUUUAAAAUUAUUGUUUACCUUUAGUCUAAAAACAAAACCAACCAAUAAAUAAAUAAACAAAAAACAUAGAAAACCCACCCUAAAGAGUAAGGACAAUUCCGUAACUUUCUAUACCGCCCUACCUUCCCCUCCCCUCAAAAGCCACCUUCCACUAUUCAUUAAGCGAACCUUCCUUUCCACCCUCACAAAACAAAUUUAUUAUUUUUAAAAAUAAAUUAAAUAAUUCACUCCCUUUGAAAGUUGGCCACGUCAUGUCCUUUCCAAAUUUGACAUGUCACUCCUUGGCCCCACUUCUUCAAACAAUAAAGCGAAAUUAAAAAAUUCAAAAAAAAAAAAAAAAAAAAAACCUCCAUUAUAUAAAACCCCCCAAAACCCUGAAAAAUGACCAAAAAUAAAAAAAAACCGAAAAACUAAAAACACCUCCCACCAAACUCUUCUCGCCAUUUGCCUUUUCUCUUUCUCAUUCCAUUCCAACAUUCCAGCAAAAAAAAACACAAAUUUCCACCAAAACGCUGCGUUUAAUCACAGUACCAAAACGCUGCGUUUGACCAAAAUGUCACCGGCGGCGGGACCAAUGUCACCGUCAGAAGGAGUAGCUCCGGCAAUAUCACCGGCAUUCACCGGUACCGGAGUCUUAACCCCUUCACAAAAAGACAAAGUCAUUGAAUGGUACAGAGGUGAGUUCGCCGCUUCAAACGCGAUCAUCGACGCUCUCUGCCACCACCUCGUCCAGAUCAACGGCGGCUCCGGCGAUAUUCCGGCGGAUUACGACGGCGUUUUCUCUGCGAUCCACCGGAGACGGCUUAACUGGAUUCCUGUGCUUCAGAUGCAGAAAUACUUUACCAUCUCUGAUGUCGCUCAUGAACUCCGGAAAGCCGCCGCCAAAAGGGAGAAGGUUGUUGUGUCGGAAUCGAGAGCCGACGAGAAUGAUCUCGAUGAGAAGAAAUUGAUUGCGAAGAAUGAUCUCGAGAAAGAGGUUGUUGAUAAUGAUGAUGGUGUUAAAUGUAAUGGUAAUGGUAAUGGUUGUGUUAGUGAAGGAGAAGAUUCACCUGAUAGUGAUAUCACUGACACAGGUUCUCAUGAAGUACAGCCAUCUCUUGAUCACAUUGAAAUAUGUGAUAAUCAUGAAGACUGUACUGCUCGUCGUGAGCAGAUCAAAUUGACAAAAGGUUUCGUAGCCAAGGAGCCAGUGAAAGGGCACAUGGUGAAUGUUGUAAAAGGUCUGAAGAUGUACGAGAACAUAUUCACUGAUCAGGAGCUUGUUAAGCUUAAUGAUUUUGUGGAUGAGCUCCGAGCUGCUGGCCAAAACGGAGAACUCAUAGGUGAAACAUACAUUUUGUUCAACAAACAGAUGAAGGCGAACAAAAGGGAGCAGAUUCAGCUUGGUGUUCCAAUAUUUGGACAAAUUAAAGAUGAGACCACUCAGCAGCCAAAGACUAAUAUUGAGGAAAUACCGGCUUUCCUUCAUAGCGUUAUUGAUCAUCUUGUUCAAUGGCAAGUAUUACCGGAAAAUAGAAAACCCAAUGGUUGUAUUAUCAACUUUUUUGAUGAGGGAGAAUAUUCUCAGCCCUUUCUCAAACCACCUCAUUUGGACCAACCACUUUGCACUCUAAUACUCUCUGAAUCAUCGAUGUCAUUUGGACGUACCCUUGUAAACGAUGGUGACGGGAACUUCAAAGGGCAACUCAUGCUUUCUGUGAAACAAGGAUCUCUUCUUGUCAUGAGGAACAACAGUGCGGACAUGGCAAGACAUGUCAUGUGUGCAUCUCCUAGCAAAAGGGUGAGCAUCACUUUCUCCAGGGUCCGCCCUGACAGUCUGCACAACCAACAUUCAACACCUCUCACUCCUCUGCCUCAAGCAAUGACUAUGUGGCAACCUGGGAUGCCAAUCCCACAAGCAAUGUCAAAUGGAGAUAUGGAUAUGAUUCCAGAGUGGGGUUUUAUCCGAGCUCCAGUUAUGAUGCUUGCUCCUGUGCGCCCUGUUGUUAUGAACCCGAGAAGAAUGCCCCGUGGUGGUGGGACUGGAGUGUUCUUGCCUUGGGCUGUUAGUUCAAGGAAACCCGCUAAGCAUCUCCCUCCAAGAGCACAAAAGGGACGAUACCUUCCAUUCACUCGGGUGGAAGAGCAUGUUUCAGACACCAUGUCUGACCCGGGUGUGGAAGGAAGGGUGUUGUGAUUAUGAAGUUAUAUCCGGGCAGCAGCAGCACCAGUCAGCCUGAGUAAUGUACAUCCUGCUGGAGGUGCCUCAAAUUGUACAAACAAGGUAUAUGAUGCUGCUUAUGCCGACCCUAGCGGUUUUCUUUGAUUGUUAUCUUUGGUUCAAGGAAUAGAUUUAGGCAGUAGUGCUGGUAAUUUUGUAACCUUUUUCUGCUAUGUUUUACUAGGCAUUUGGUGGGUUUAAAGCAUUGAGUUUGAGAAUUGAGAGUUUGGGUGAGCCUGUAUCAAAGACGGAAUUUUGUAUCUAUCUUUGUGAGCAUUGUUUUUCACCCUUUUUUUCAGGUUGCACAAUGCAUAUUUUAAUUUUCUCUUUUGAUACAACAAAGAACUCUAAAAAAAGUUCAGUUCAGGAAAAAAAAAAAAAAAAAAAAAAAAAAAA